AUGAUUUACUGCUUACCAAUUAUAGCUUUCUUUUAGUUGAUUUAAUAUUUACUCUUUUGGCAUCCUCAUUAAAAUUGCUUAGCACCUUUUCUAACUCUUAAUAUUUGUUGUUUUAUAAUCAGCUUAGGUUUAUUUUUAGGCAUUUUUUUAGGGAUAUUUAAUUAAACAUUAUAGUAUCAAUUUUAAGAAGUCUAAGAGUGUUCAGUUAUAGGUAAGUUUUCAACAUAUUUUUAAGAAUAUCCAAAAAUAUCUAGUGAAAAUUAUUCAAUUCUAUAUAUUGAUUUUUAGAUGGAUGGUCAAAAAUUUUUAGGUUACGGUUGUUUAUCUUCAAAGUCUACAGUUACUAGUUAAACAAUAAUUCAAACACAUAACCCACUAGCAUUUUUGUAUUAUGGGGAAUAGCAAUGUUAUUAAGGAUAAUGCUCUCUACCAUAUAAAUUUAGUUAAGUUAAACUACCUAGCUGGAUGUGUCUUCCGUUUGAUAUAAAUUAAGAGGAUUUAGCUAAGACUAAAAAUUGUUAUGUGCAUUUUUUUAAUAGUAGAAUUGAAAAAGGUCAAACUAAAGAUUAAGCUUACUUAAAUUCUAAAAGUAGAAUGAAUGUUAGAGAUUUAUAGCAAUUCGCACUCAUAUCUUUCAAUAAGCUUAAUGCCCCCUUUUCUUAGUAUUUUACUUUCUUAGUAUUUACUUUUUGUCCUCUUAUAUCUUCAUUAAAUGUAUUAUUUAUAGGACUAAGUGGAUGUUUAGAAAAAUAUAUUAGAGUUAUUAUUAACAAAAAUCAAAAAUACAAUACUAUAAAUUAAUUUAAUCAAAUAAUUGAAUAAAGGGUAUGA